UCUCACUUUAUUCCUCACCUCAAUUCACAUCUCUGUAAAUUUCAUACAAGUUGAAAGCAACCCCCCUCUUCGGCACAUCUUCUUCUCCGUCUGCUACCCCGUCAUUUGGAUUUCUUCGAACGAAAAAGAAAUCAUACCAAGAUCCAGUCUCAGUUCCAAGAUCCAGCUCCAGUUCGAGUUCCAGUCCAAGUCUUCCUUCACCUCAAGUCAUUCCAAGCAUUUUAGAUGCACACGCAUUUGAAGCAAAUCACUCUACCACAUCUACCAAAAUCUACAUCGUCAACAUAAUCACAUCCGACACUAUACAUACAUACAUACAUACACAAUAUACAACGCAGCGCAACACAACACAAUCAUUCAACAAAUCACUCAACCAUUAACCUUGAUUGAAAUCCAUCCAUCCAUCCAUCCAUCCAUCCAACCAACCGACCAACCAGAAAUCGAAAAAACCCACCUUGGUCAAAAACCAAAAAUCACAUUCCCCCCCAUCCCGUAAACACUCGUUAACUUAUUAUUAUUCACCAAAAUAAGGUCUCAGUCUCAAAACUUAUUAUUCACUCCCGCUCUCCUCCGCUUCGGCCUUACUACAAGUGAACAUAACCCACUUUAUUAAGGCUCACCCACCAUUACCACUUUGUAUAUAUCAUUGACGAAUUCCCCAAAUCCAAACCACUUCCCAAAAAAAGUUUUCGGCAUUUUAAUUCGAAAUUGGCUUUUGACUUCUGUCUUCUCUUCCUCGUUUAUUCUCAAUACUAAAUCGACUCUUCCAAUCGCAUAUCAAGUCUUCCUUUUUAGGUUAUUAGACUGUAUCGAGGGAGUAGGGAAAAUAAAUAAAAAGUCAACAAUCUAAAUUGUAGUUAUUCGCUGCGGCGGCGAUCACAUGCAACGCGCUUCUUCCGCAGUAGAUUUUAACAGUCUACUGAAUCCUCAGUCCACUCAGGAGAGAGAACAUCAAGCUGCUCGACAGAAAUUGGCUUUGAUUCAGCAGCAACAACAACAUCAAAGAGAAGCGGAAAUGGCUGCCAUCAGUAUGAUGCCAGCUAUGGUCGGUGGACACCAUGGAGAUGAUCGUCAAGAUUUGCCUCGACCAUAUAAAUGUCCUUUGUGCGAAAAGGCUUUCCAUCGUCUCGAACAUCAGACUAGACACAUUCGAACUCACACGGGAGAGAAACCUCAUGCUUGUUUAUUUCCAGGCUGCACAAAGCGAUUUUCACGUUCUGAUGAGCUUACCCGACAUUCGAGGAUACAUAACAAUCCAAACUCGAGAAGGAGUAACAAGACACAACAAGCUCCUCAAAUGGGUGUUCCCAUGCAUUCCGAGUCGAUGGCUACCAUGAUGCCACCACCAAACAAGAACAUUACGAGAUCAGCACCACCCUCCGCUAUUGGUAGCCCGAAUGUGUCCCCACCCCACUCGUAUACUUCCUACAGCAGCAAUCACCUUUCGAGUCUCAACCCUUACGGAAGAAGUUUAGGAGGAAGCCCGAAUAAUAGUCAAGCCCCUCUCACAGACAUCAACAUGCUAGCUACUGCGGCGACACAGGUUGAGAGAGACAGUAGCACAACCGCAAAUCAUUACUCGCAAGCACGCCAUCAACCAUACUAUAGCCACAGUAAUCACAACAGCAGAACUCAUCUUCCUUCGCUUCAAGCUUAUGCCAUGACGAGAGCGCAUUCCCAUGAAGAGGAUGAUCAUUAUGCUCAUCGUCACGCGAAACGUUCUCGACCCAAUUCACCAAUGUCGACAGCACCAUCUUCACCCACAUUCUCUCACGAUUCCCUUUCUCCAACUCCUGAUCAUACUCCGCUCGCUACUCCUGCGCAUUCGCCUCGUUUAAGACCUUAUGGUGGUGGAUAUGAUUUGCCGGGUAUUAGAAAUCUGUCUCUUCAUCAUACUCCUGCUCUUGCACCAAUGGAACCUCAACAUCUUGAUGGUCAAUAUCAUGCUACCACCACCACCAACCCAACGACUACAAGUGCUCCAAGAAUGGGUCUUACCAUUUCUGACAUCAUGUCAAGAACGGAUGGUAGCACGAGAAAAUUACCAGUUCCUCAAGCUCCGGUGGCUGUACAAGAUCUUUCAAGUCCUGGUGAAAUUGGUUUUAAUACAAGUGGUCAAAGUAGUACCACUGGUAGCGUCGCUGGAAAUGAUCUCGCUGAUCGUAUGAUCUGAGGAUGAUACCCUAGCAUUGUCUUCAACUUCUUUUUUUCUGGAACAUUGAUUGCACGACUUUCAAUGUUUCAGUAAAUCAAAUGGUAAUAUUGAUAUUUCAGGUGGUUAAACUUUCACCAAUACAUUGGUUAUGAAACUUCCAUGGACAUUUCUUCAUUACGAAAUGACACGUGUCAAACAAAUAAUUACUACGAUUAAUAUCACCUCAUCGAGCCUAUUGUCAAACACCACUCAUGACCUCAUCAGAGUCAGUAUCUCGACUCCUCACUCAACAUUUUAUUUGGUUCAUUGAUUUGUUUAUCUUUGCGGCAUGGAACGGGGUUUUGAUUGUAUAUUUAGAGCGGCAUGUUCAAACUAUAGACUACUUUUUUUUUUUCUUUUUGAAUCAAAUCGAUUCUCCUGAUUAGGAGCAUCCCACGGCUGGCACACUUCCUUUUACUUGUUUUCAUUAGCUUUUUUUGUUUUUGUUUUCACCACGGAGCGAGGGGUUUGGGAUGCAUCAUUGGCAUUCUGGGAAAUCACACAUCCUGAAAGUGGAUUUAUAGACAUGGGAAAUGGGGAGGAUAGGGAUGGGGAUAGGAUGGGGCAAUUCGAGGAUGAAAAGACAGAUUAUCUCGUCGUGGUUGGGGAUGUGAUGGAAACAGAGAAGAGCAGAGUAGCGCUAUCAAAUGAAAGGGGAGGGAAGGGUGGAAGGUAUUGCUUAGCUUAGGUACUUAGCUAGAAUUGGUUGAUAGUAACAACAACCGAAUA